UCUCACCAAGUGCCGUCACAUUUCGCAUAAUUCCUUUCAACUCAGAAAAGAGGUCGUAUUCAAAAUGAAACUGUGUGUCAUUCUCUUUUUUCUGUCCAUUCUAUCAAACUGCCAAAUGGCUGCAAGCGACGGCACCUGCACAGUUGAAGGAAAUGUCUACAACGCCGGGCAGUCGUUCCCUUCUCCAGAUGGCUGCAAUACAUGUUUCUGUAUGAAAGACGGAAACUACGCUUGUACCAAGAUAGGAUGCAUUAAUGUUGGAUCUCCAAGUGAUGCAACCUGCACAGUUGACGGAAAAGUCUACGCGACCGGGCAGGAUUUUCCGUCUCCCGAUGGUUGCAAUACAUGUACAUGUAUGGCGGAUGGGUACUACAGUUGCACCGAGCUUCCAUGCCCUAACCUUGGAUAAAUGAGACCUUUCACGGGACCAAAAUAUUCUCAUGUACACAUGGUGUUACGUGUGAAUAGUAAACCUGAAGCGAAAAUAUAUCAUCAUCUUUGUGUAAUUAGGCAUGUUGAAUAAAUACCUCUACCCUCA